AUGAAGCAUCUGAGGGUCAUCUUUUCCAUCUCCAUUUCAACCCCGUAUACCAACUGCAAAAAUAUGAAGUCGAACAGAAUUCUCGCCGUUGCUGGCGUGGCUGUUGCUGCGAGCCAUGCAACCGCAUCUACCACGGCUCUGGGAGAAAAGAAUAUACCCGUCCUCGAGGUUUCAAAGGCCUUCAAAAUUGUCGUACAUGUAACCGACAAGUCAAUGGAUCAGAAACCAUCGAUUGAAAACCACAUGGUCAUUCCCAAUCCAGCGGGCAAAUACCACCCAUUUAGGCCCGCACGCGUUAGCUUCGACGCAAGCGACAUUGACUUUUACACCAACGAGAUCCCUUUCCAUCUACGCGGAACCCAAGAAGACGCGAUGGCUGGUCGAGGCAACAUUGCUGGAUCGGUAUCUUAUGUUCCAAAGAGGCCGUUCGAUAUUCCCAUGCAAAUCGAAAAAGCUCAGGAUGAGACACGACCAUGGCUUCGUAACGUCACAAUUGGGUACGAUGGAGGUCAAAAUGUCGAAUUUGUCAACUUGACUGCUUCCACGAAUCUCAUAUCAGAGGCUAUUUCCGAUGCCAAAUUCAUCGCAUGCCCUGGUGAAGAGGUUGAAAUCCGCGCCAUCGAUGCAAAGGCGCACAGUGAUAUCCCCGUGGGUUGCACACCAAUUCGACUUUUCCCCGAGUGUGUGCAGCCAGAGAGUCCCAUGUACCCCCAGGUUUAUGAGAAGGCACCAUUUGCUAGAUGCUACAAGGCAGGCAGCGAUUAUUCCGCUUUUGACUAAGUUUUCGGUUGUUGCGUACAAUCGUUGCAAUGUUAUACAGAAAGAUGGUUGGAAUAACAAAGAAAACUUAUAAAUGAAACAAGUUAAAACCGUACUUAUUUGCGUUAUAUAUUCACUACUCCUACGAAAUGAACGAGAGUUUUAUUUGGGAGGGAAUGAUUUGGUACACUAUGACAGCUUAGCAAAGGAUCACGGGAGAAGAGUCACACACGCAAAUGACAAACCUUGGACUUGCAGCCACUUUCAACGUUCUUGCAAGAAGAUAGACAGCCCUGACUUUGUAAGCUUUGUACUCAAUGUUAAAACACACGCAGGUAUGCAAUCUUACCUCCCACACAAAGUCUUCGAUCUUUGUAGGAUCCUCUUUGCAGUUUUCAAAGCAGUGAUCUCUAUCGAGUCGACAUUUGUUGAUGCAGGCAGAAUCAGGAGUAGCUAGAUAUUUUUCAAUUGCGUCGAUUCUGCUGGCGAGAUCUGCCUGCCUAACUUCAACGGAAGCAGCGAGCGCCACGCUGAAGUAAAGAGCA